ACAAAUCAAUCAUGCUAAGAUAUCUGGGAAGCUCGUGACGGCAUUUAUUCAAUCCUAGUGUAAUCAUACUUCCCGCCAAAUGACAGUUGAUUGCCUCUCAAGGCUGAAGAAAUAUGGCGAAUAUUGCCCAUAACGGGAUAUCCCAGAACGGUUCCUCCCAGGCCAAACGACCAAAAAUGGGCGAUAAUUUUGUGACAGUGGUGUUAGGGACACAAUGGGGUGAUGAAGGUAAAGGGAAAGUGGUUGACAUGUUAGCAGUUGACGCCGAUGUUGUGUGUAGAUGUCAGGGAGGAAACAAUGCUGGACACACUGUUGUUGUUGGAGAUAAGAGAUAUGCAUUCCACAUGUUACCUAGUGGUAUAGUACACACAAAAUGUGUUGCCGUUAUUGGAAAUGGAUGUGUUGUACAUAUAGAGCAGUUGUUAGAGGAACUGAAGAAUGCUGAGGAAGUUGGUUUAGAAAGAUGGCAGGAAAGACUGUUGAUAUCUAACAGGGCACAUAUAGUUUUUGACCUUCAUCAGCAUGUUGAUGGUAUGCAAGAAACGGGCCGCGGCAAAGACCUUAUUGGUACAACUAAAAAGGGCAUUGGACCAGCUUAUUCUUCAAAGGCUACAAGAAGUGGGUUAAGGAUGGGUGACUUGAUUGGUGAUUUCGAUGUAUUUUCAGAAAGGUUCCAGAAACUUGUUGAUUAUUACAAGAAACAUUAUGAGGGGUUAGAAGUUGAUGUUAAUAAAGAAUUGAAUAUAUACAAGAAUCUUGCAGAAAAGAUACGUCCCCUAAUAUGUGACACAAUACCAUAUCUGAAUAAAGCAAUACAGUCUGGUAAAACUGUAAUGGUAGAAGGAGCACAGUCUAAUGUCCUAGAUAUUGACUUUGGUUUGUACCCAUAUGUAACAUCAUCAAAUUGCAGUGUGGGAGGUGUAUGUACAGGUCUAGGUAUACCACCACAUGUUAUAGGUAAUAUAUAUGGAGUUGUGAAGGCUUACUUAACUAGAGUAGGAUCAGGUGGAUUCCCAACAGAACUGAACUGUGAAAAAGGGGAGAAAUUGGUGAACCGAGGUCAUGAGUAUGGUGUAACAACAGGAAGAAAAAGGCGUGUAGGCUGGCUAGACAUGGUCAUGUUACGCUAUUCACAUAUGAUCAAUGGCUUCACAGCGUUGGCAAUCACUAAACUUGACAUUCUGGACACAUUUGAGGAGAUAAAGAUUGGUGUUGCCUAUCAGCUAGAUGGACAAAAAGUUGUAGACAGCUUCCCAGCCACAGAUGAGAAGCUGCAGAAAGUUGAGGUAGAAUAUCUGACAUUACCUGGCUGGAACACAAACACUGAAGAUGUCAGAAGUUUUGAUGAUCUCCCAGAAAAAGCCCAAGAGUAUGUGCUCAAAAUUCAGGAAUUAGCUGGGGUGCCUGGUAAGAUAUUUUAA